AUGGCCACUUCCACCGCCCCCAAACUUCGCGACCACUUCGCCUCCAAGCCAGUCUCCGCCCACAACGACGCCUGGGAUGCCCUCUACGCAGAGUCCUUCACGCCCUGGGACCGCGCCGGCCCAUCUCUCGCCCUCGCCGACCUGCUCGCCCAGCGCACCGACCUGAUCCCGCCGUCCCUCGAGCGCGACCCGCGUGGCAACCCCCUCCGCGAUGCCACCGGCCAAGUCAUCCGUCGCUCGGCGCUGAUCCCCGGCUGCGGCGUCGGCCACGACGUGCUACUGCUGAGCUCGCUGGGCUACGACGUCGUCGGCCUGGACUACAGCCAUCGGGCGCUCAAUGCCGCGCGGCAGAAUCAGAACAAAGUGCAGUUCAAGUCGAGCGAGGAGGGCGUCGAGUGUGGUCGCGUGACGUGGGUCUCGGGCGACUUCUUUGGCGAAACAUGGGAGGGCGGAGCGGGCAGCGAGGGCACGCAAAAGUUUGACCUGAUAUACGAUUACACGUUCCUCUGCGCCCUACAACCCUCCGAACGCCCCAAGUGGGCAAAGCGCAUGUCCCAACUGCUCGCCCCCAACGGCCAGCUCAUCUGCCUCGAGUUCCCCUCCGGAAAGCCUCUCUCGCUGCAGGGCCCUCCCUGGGGCGUCUGGCCCGAGGUCUACGAGGCCCUCCUCGCUAAUCCCGGCGAGCCUGUCGAAUACACUGAUGACGGCAACGUCAAGUCGAGCACGAGUCCCAAGCAGCCUCAUCCGGAUGCGCUGCAUCGCGUGUGUCUGGUGAAGCCGCCGAGGACGCACAAGGCGGGCUUGAAUGAAGACGGGACGGUCAGGGACUUUAUCUCUGUGUGGUCCCGGUAG